GUUUCUAAAAGCUUCAUACAAAUGAACAAGGUGCUAAAAGGAAGGAAUCAUCCUUUCGCAGUUGGCGAAGAUGAGCAUGCCGGCUUCUACGAAUGAGAUGAUGAAGGCGAAGAGGAAAAUAGUGAUUACCAAGAGUAUUCUGGUGAUGAACAUGUUCAUUAUCCACAAUUAAGCAGUAAUAAAAACUCCCUCAGCCAUUACGAUCAACAAGAGCUGUUUGAGAAUAGUGAUCGGGGAAUACUCCAGCAUGACCUUAAUGACCAAAGAUGGGUAAUCAGUGAACCAGAAAAUAUUUCAGGGACUUCUGAGGACAAAAGUUUGAAAUACGAUCAAAGAAAUUAUAGAGGAAAUGAAGCAGGAGCAGAGAGCUUCGAGAAUAAUAUAUUAAAUCAUCCUCGUGCUAUCAAAGGGAAGUAUUUCCAGAACGAUGAUUUUCAGGAUGUUCAGGAGAAAGAGCUUCUAACUAUUACAGUUGAGAUUGGAAACGGACAACAAGAAAAUAUCGUUAUAAUGCAAGGAGAAACCGCAGAUGAAGUCGCGGAAAAGUUUUGAAAUAAAUACGAUAUGAAUGAAGAGCUCAAACUGCUCUUCAAAGAACAAAUUACUCAAAAUAUUGACCAAGCAUUGAAUGAGAUCGAUGAGCAGGAAGAUGUUGAGGAGAGUCAGACUGAAGGGUUUGAAAAUGAUUAUAAGUUUCAUAAUGAAAAAUAAUACGCAGUCCGAAAGUGCUCAUAUAGAACAUAUUUCAACAGCACUAGAACCAACUCCUCCCCAAACUAUGUUCGCUAGCAGGACUGGAAUGAAGACUCAAGAGUCUUCUUCACAAAAAGUAGACUGACAUACAUACUCGACACCUGGACCUAUUCUAAUAAAUCCGAAUAGAGGGGAGAAAAGGACUUUGCCACAACAGAAAAAGUCUAAGAAUAGAGUAAAGGCAAAUAAGUCUUUUAACAAUGCAAAUGAUUUCACUCUCAACCAGCCACAGAUCAAUACUCAUAGUGCUCAGCUUGCUAGCAAGAAGAGGAUCCCUGGCAAUUCAGUGUACACUCGCCUCCAUUCCCAAGCAGUGCAGAAGCAGAAGAGAGCAAACCGAAUUCGAAAUGCUAAACCUGUGCAUAAAUCAGCCAAGAAGAGAGGAAGAGAUAUGUUCAGCAAUCCAUUCACAGAACGGAAGAGGACUCCUCACAACUAUGGAGAGAAACUAUAUCAAGACGGGUUAAAAUAGAAUGGAAGAAAGGGAGAGGAAGUCUAAACAUGAAAAAGUUCAAAAUGAACUAAAGCAGUAUGAAAGCCUUACUUUUAAACCAAAAGUUAAUUCAGUUAGCAAGAAUUUUAGAAGAGGCUCAAAGAAACUUGAAGACCAGCUAAUUGAGAAAGGAAAGAAGACUAAUGAUAUGAUCGAGAGAAAGAGGAGCGAGCUCCUCUUUGAGCAGCAACAUAGCCAUAGCUUCAGACCUAAGAUCAAUAAGAAGAGUGACCAUAUUAUUCAAGAGCGCUCCAGGCAAUUUCUUGAAGAAAGCUCUAGAAUGGCAGAAUCUCCUCAUAAUUUCUCACAAAAUUUUGAGACUUCUUACAUGACAUCGGAGAAUAAGUUGAACAAAUUUAAUCUAUUAUAUGAUGAUGCUAUUAAGAGAAAGCAGAGAAAAGAUGAAAUUUAUUCAAGAUGUUUGGAUUCUCAAUGUACGUUCCAGCCAGAUUUGACAAAAGGCAAUCGCUAUGAUUCCUACUACCCUGAAAAUCACGGAGAUUUUGGAGAUAGGCUUUCCAAACCUUCAACAAUUAAAGAGAAGUCCAGGAUGAGACAUCUCCAGGAUGAAUUCUAUGACAAGGAGAGUGGCCAACCUCUUUUUCGACCCAAAGUUGGAAGACCUCCUCUAUCUAAGCGAGAUUUUGAGAAUCUUCCUGUUACAGAGAAGCUCUACAUGGAAGCACAACAUAAGAGACAUUUAAAGGAAGAGAAGAUAAAGCAAAAUUUUAGUAAAAGAGAUACUUCAGAUAGUAGACCUAAGAUCCAGGAUAAAUCUGAAGAAAUCCUUGAGCAGAAGAAGGCAAGAAAGUUCCACCAGAUCUUUCAGAUCCUAGAUGCAGAAAGCAAUGGUGUGAUAUCUGCUGACAAAAUAGAUAUCUCAGGGCUUCCACCUGACAUCCUUGAGAUAUUCACACCUCUUCUGUGAGAAAUGGAAGAACUGGAGCACAUUCUUGACCUUGAGGAGUUUAUUGAUGCUUCGAUGAGGCUGUACGAUACUCUUAAGAUUCCUGAAAAGAACAAGAUUCUAAUGAUGAAGGACAAGUGGAGCUCGAAGAAGGAGAAUAACGAUGACCAGUGAACUUUCCAUCCGAAAUUGAACCACAAUUCUGUAAAGAUAGCCAACAGAACUAGACCUGAUGCUAGGAAUUUGGCAGAUAUGUUGAUGGGCAAGAAGUUAGAAGCUGAUGCAAAGAUUGAUCAUAGUAGAAGAAUGAAGAGCGAUGAAGAGCUUAUUGGCUGCACCUUCCAUCCUCAGAUAGCAACAUCAAAUCAAUACCGAGAAGCUUACCUUUCCAUGAAAGCACCAAAUCCUCCUGUACCACCCUACUAGCCCAAAAUCCUAAAAUUUUACCGUAUAAAUCCCCACUUUA